AUGAAGACUUCCAUCUCCUCAGACGUUUGGGACAAGAAGAAGGCGUUGAUCGCCCGGUUGUAUAUGGAGGAGGAAUGGCCCUUGAAACAGGUCAUUAAGCAAAUUCGCUCCGACGACUUCAACCCCAGUGAAACCCAACUGCGCAGUCGAUUGAAGAAGUGGCGCGUCACCAAGCCUUCCCGUCAGACCAGAAAGAAGAGCCAUGCCUCCUCAAGUGAUGAUACAGAGGAAAUGUCUCGCAAAUCCUCAGUGCAACGUCCCCUGCCCUCAUUACAACGAGAGGCUCGCCAUGAAUGGCCCGUUCAAUCCAUCUUCGGCGAAGAGCGCAAAUGGUCCGACCCAAUGGCCCAACAACUCACCCCCAGCCCUUCGGGCGAACAUGUUCUCGCCUCAGACCGCUCCGUUUACCAACAUCCCAGCCCAACAACUUCUUUCGAGCAACCCGGCACCUCACCCGUCGGCGACAGUCUGAUCCUCAACACCACCGUACCCCCAUACAGCAACUCGGCCUACCCCCUCUCCCCAGAAUCUUGCCUGCCCAGUCCUGGCACCACAACCCCAGGCCUCGCUUGGCCCCAGCGCUCCGUGUCAGCCGACUAUGGUCUUAACUCGGCACAGUGGUACUCGCUGCCCUUCGAGGCGAUCACUCCUCCCUCGAGCUUGCCACACUCCGGUGCUCCCAUGAACCCCUCAAUUAAUGGAUAUAUGCCACCCGGUCAAUAUCAGCAGUAUCCUUAUCCCGAGGGGGACUUCCACUAUGAUAAGGCGGCCUGGCGCCGCGCCAUGUCCCUGCAAUAUGAUAUGCACGGCCACCCCGUCCCUGGACGUGAGGGCGACCGGAAGGUGCCACCUCACCACAUGGCAUCUCCUUCGACCCAGUCAGGCUCACAUCCUGCAAUGUGCGCUCCAAUCAUGCCUUAUAUGGGUGAUAAUUAUGCCCAGAAGCCUCAUGGCAUCGGCUACUAA